AUGGCCCCUGCUGCAAGCCGACAAUGCUACUGCUCUCAAUCGGCUCGAAAUCAACACGCGCAGUCUGACAUGGACCUCGAUUCUUCUUCUCAUCAUCAUCAUCAUCAUCAUCAUCAUCGCAUCUCGUUGGCGCUUCCGUCUCGAGAACUGCUCUCGUCGGCGCAUACAUCCACGCCCGAUUCUGGCCAUUCGUGUUCAACUUCUCCUCCCAUCAUCACGCAGUCGCCCAUCAUGGCUGACGGACCCUCCAAGGAUGAGCUCGUCGAGAUCUUCAAGUCGCUCAAGUCAACGCAGAAGGGCAACAAGGUAUGCUUCGACUGCGGAGCCAAGAACCCGACCUGGGCAUCAGCAACCUACGCCAUCUACAUCUGCCUCGACUGCUCUUCCGUCCACCGCAACAUGGGCGUACACAUCACCUUUGUCCGAUCCACCAACCUCGACUCGUGGCACUGGUCUCAGCUUCGUCUCAUGAAAGUGGGAGGAAACGCUGCUGCUGCCGAGUUCUUCAACAAGAAAGGCGGAGCACAUCUCCUUGCGCCAUCUACCGAGGGAAAGGUCAAGUACACUUCGUCCGUGGCGCUGGCAUACAAGGAUGAGCUGCAGAAGAGAGCGCUUCAGGAUGCGGCAGGUCAGAGCCUCAACAGUCCCGUCUACUUCCCUGGUCUUGCCGUCGCCUCGACCGAUACAGCGGCACCAGCAUCGAGUGCAAAGACGGGUGGAGCAGAGGAAGACUUUUUUGACGAGUGGGACAAACCAGCAUCAGCUGCCAAAUCGACCGCAACAGCACCAGCCAAGCAGACACCAGCAGUACCCAAGCCAACCCCUGCACCACCAGCCGCACCCAAGACCGUCACAUCAGCCUCGCUGCGCGCUGGCAGCUCCGCCGCUAGAAAGACGCUCGGCGCUGUCAGCCGCACAUCGUCCGCCAGUUCGACGCCCGGUACAACCACUCCUACGGGAACCGGUCCCACCAAUCCUGGCACUGCUCCUACUGCAGCCGCUGCACGUCCCGCACGAGCAGGAAAGCUCGGUCUCGGCGUGAAGAAGGCCGCUGCGCCCAUCGACUUUGCUGCAGCCGAAAGAAAGGCGAAGGAGGAAGAGGCUACACGUGCUGCCGAGGCCAAAGCGGCACAGGAUGCGGAGGCAAAAGCACGCGAAGCCCAACAGGCAAGCGCAGAGCAGGCGGAAGCAGAACGGAUCGCACGCGAGGCUGUCAAAGCUGCUAUGGGAAAGACUUCAGCCGGCGCCCCCGCAUCGCCUUCCUCCAAGAGCGUAGGUGGAGCUCGAGGUGCCUCCGCUUCCACUCCCGAUGCGUAUGCUGCUGCAAAGACGAACGGAGACAUGGAUCGCCUCGGCAUGGGCUUCGGACGUCUCGGCAUGAAAGCCAAUGCUCACCAAGCCAAGCUCGCCGCCGAACGCGCCUCUGCGGCAGCCAACAACGCCGCCUCAACAGGAACCGACUCGGACGCUGACAACGAACCGAGCUACGCACGCAACAAGUUCUCCGCCCAAAAGAGCAUCUCCUCCGACCAGUACUUCCAACGUGGCUCCUACGACCCCCAAGCCACCAGCGAAGCUCAACAACGUCUACAAACCUUCCAAGGUCAAACCUCGAUCUCUUCCAACCAGUACUUUGGUCGUGACGACGAGGAGGAGGCCGACCAACAGGCCGUACAGGGAUCCGGAGACUUCGCAGACCUCGAGGCUACCGCGAGAGACUACUACCAGAGAUUCAUGGCCAACCCCGAUGUUCAGAGCAGCAUCGAUAGCUUCCGAAGCGGCGCGCUCAAGCUCUCCCAGUAUCUGGAGGAUAUGAGUCGUAAUGGCGCUUAG